UGCGUAAUAAUUUGUGACAAUGUCGCGAAAAAGUAUGCUAAGUUUAGAGUUGUUGUAAGGCAUAUACUCGGACAGCUAAGUUCUACUUCGGGGUAUGCUUGAUUUGUGAACUUUUAGUCGCUGUUUUGGCUCUCUUGCUUCUCCGAGUCAGUCGAGAACAACAUCGCUGCUGACAGGUGUAUAAAUGAAACAAAUUCGGUCGUGCAUUUCUCGUCACGUGACAAGGAAGAAACAAAUGCGCGGUGGUCAAGUUCUCCAAACAGUUCGUACACUGACUGUCAAGUUAUAACUACAUUACGGCAUAAAACUCACCACCUCAAUUCUAAAGUCGAUGUGGUGUUUUGUUAUUUCCACGCGAUAUUUUAGACCAAUAGUCUCGUCUUCGCAGUAAUGGAAAACAACUCAACAAAAUCAGCCGAUCUUCAAAGACCAAUAUCGGACAGGGUCAGAUUUAGUGUAGAAAGCGAAGCGCGCACAGUUCAAUGUACUUGUACAAGUAUUCCACACAGAGUUGGAUACAAUUGGAACAAAGGCGGAAGGCUGAAGGAUUUAAGACUAAGGCACUUGGCAAGGAAGUUCUUCAAAAUAUGGAUGCAGAACACCUUUGGUGCCACUAUGAAAAUAUGCUGCAGAAACGAAUAUUUCAGGGAUGGAGAGACGAGUGGUGGGCGUCCAGAAAGGAAUGGAGUCUGUCCCUACGCGCAGAGUGUCAUCACAAGUAUCACCUGCUCCUUCUGACUUUCCAAAGAUGGCAAACAUUUAUUUCACUGCAAGACGAAAAGAAGAGCAAAAUACUUAAAGCUAAAUUGUUCGAUAACAGGCGACGGAUGCGUCAUUUUUGGCACAAGUGGGAGAAUUUUGUCCAGAUGCGUCGGCUGAAAAGAAGAAGAAAUCAAUCAGCCCGAGAAAAGCACAGACGCACACAUCUUCGGUCAUUGUGGCGGUUGUGGCAGAUUAAGUAUCAACAGCAUCAAAACAUUUGCACAAUGGAGGACCAAGCCUUGAAGCUCCGGACAGUGAAUCUACAGAGCAGGGCUUUUCUUCAGUGGAAAGAGAGGCACGCUGCUGUUUGUUCCCAAAGAGAGAAUGAAUCCAAAGCCUCUCUUCACUACAUCAGCAGCGGGAAAAAGAAAUGGCUGAUUCAGUGGCGAACUGUUGUCUCCUCUCGCCAGCACAAGAAACAGUUACAAGCUGUGGCUAUGCACACCGCCCAUCUUCUCUUGAUGAGGCAGAGCUGGGAAGUGUGGAGGAUUGCGUGGCGUCGAAAACACAGCGAGGAGGAGCGUUUGAAAGGGGCGGAGCAGCUGACCAUUCGGUGCGCUCAGCGUCGAGCCGUGUUAAAAUGGAGGGCGUAUGUGACAGGGCGCAAAGAAAAAGCAGGCCGAGACCAGAUGGCCAGUCAACACCACCAUCAGCACCUGCAGCGUGCAUUACUGCAGGUUAUGUCGUUCAACGUGAGCCAGAACAGAGCACGGCGUCUGAACAACGAGGUGGCUGUCCAACAUCAUUACCAGACUGUGAUCAAUAGAUAUUGGUGGCUGUGGAAGGACAGGCUGGAAGAGGCUGAAGAUGAACCUUUCCAAGCCCUGACAGACAUGGCGCUGACCAACUACCGCAUGACCCUGUUGAGUCGCUUUUACGACCACUGGAGGGAGAAACUCGCACAGCAAAGACACAUGCAGGAGCUGGAGUGGCGUGCGGAUAUCUGGUUUGCAGAGCACUUGUUGCCACGAUACCUGAACUCCUGGAUUGAGUUUACUCUGCAGAAAAGGCUGAAGACAGACAGGAGACGCAGGGCGGAUGUUUACAAUAUGCAGCGCCUGUGCACCUGGGUGUUGCACACCUGGCAGGAACGGGCGGAGAAACACAAAGACGAGAUGCUGUCACAGCGAAUGGCCAUUCUUCACGAAGAGCAAAGUCGUCUGCAGAGAGUCUGGGCUCGCUGGAGGCAGCGGACCCAGCAGCGGAUGGGAGAAGAGAAAGAGAAGAGGCAGGAGCAAAAGUGUUCUCUUGUCCCUGUGAAACAGCAAGAAGACGCCAUUACAGAGUUGCCGGACAGUGAGCAGCAGGCUUGUCUUCAGGGUGAUCUGUGCUGCAUGAGAAGGGCUCUGGCCAGGUGGAAAAAGUUUGUCCAGAGACAGAAGUUGAAGACAAGGAAGCUGGAGCACAAGCAGCAUUGCCAAGAAAACCAAGUCAACAAGCAGAGCGUUGUGACCUGGGAGGUCCAGCACAACAUGUCUAAGAAGACUGUGGAAGCACUCUGGCAUUGGGCCCUCACUCUUCAAGCCAAGGUACUGUAUCACCUACUCUACCUUCUUUUUUAUGCUUUACUGUGCACAGGAAGACACUUGGACAGUUUUUGUUGCAAUUAUUUUAGAAACCCUAUUAAUCAGACUUGGGCAAUCAUUUUGACUCGGGGGCCACAUUGGAAGGAAAAGCAGGGUUUGCUUCGCUAA